UGCAUAUAUAUACGUGUGUCUCCAGAAAACUCCGCUAGUCGCCAAUCUCUCUCUCACACAUGCAUACACUGUGAAAGGAUCGUACAAAGAUAGUGCAGAGAAACCAAACCCAGUCUUUUAAUCCCAAAAUAAAGUAAUCUUUUAGCCAUGACUGUUAAAUCCAACUCCUCGGCAUCUCUUCUGACGUACUCCAAAAUGAGAGGGAUGGUCGCGAUACUUACCGCUUUCAUGAAGCAGAAGCGAAUGGGACUGAACGAUCUCAUCCAGAAGCUCGCUGCCUCUCACUCCUACGCUUGUAAACACUCAGAAGUCCCAGCCAUGUUGCACGCUAGUCCAAAGGAAGCUGAAACGAAUGGAAACAGCCUGUCUCCUCCGCCCAGCCCAACGACAGCGCAGAUCAACUUGGGGCCCUCCUCUAACCCUCAAGCCAAACCAAGUGACUUCAACUUUCUCAAAGUCAUCGGCAAAGGAAGCUUCGGAAAGGUCCUGCUCGCCAAACACAAAUCUGACGACCAGUUUUACGCAGUAAAAGUCUUGCAGAAAAAGGCCAUACUGAAGAAGAAGGAGGAAAAACACAUCAUGUCCGAGAGGAAUGUCCUGCUGAAGAAUGUGAAACACCCUUUCUUGGUCGGACUCCACUACUCCUUUCAGACAGCUGAUAAGCUCUACUUUGUCCUGGACUACAUCAAUGGAGGCGAGUUGUUUUAUCACCUGCAACGUGAACGCUGCUUCCUGGAGCCGCGAGCCAGGUUUUAUGCUGCUGAGAUUGCCAGUGCUCUGGGAUACCUCCACUCCCUCAACAUUGUUUACAGAGAUUUGAAGCCUGAGAAUAUCUUACUUGAUCGCCAGGGCCAUAUUGUGUUAACUGACUUCGGACUAUGCAAAGAGAACAUUGAAUCAAAUGACACAACGUGCACUUUCUGUGGCACCCCUGAGUACCUGGCUCCUGAAGUUUUACACAAGCAGCCCUAUGACAGAACAGUUGACUGGUGGUGCCUGGGGGCAGUUCUCUAUGAGAUGUUAUAUGGAUUGCCUCCAUUCUACAGCAGGAACAUGGCGGAAAUGUAUGACAAUAUUCUGAACAAACCACUACUGUUGAAACCAAAUAUCUCCAAUGCUGCCAGGGACUUGCUGGAGGGUUUGCUGCAAAAGGACAGAACAAAGCGGAUGGGUGCAAAGGAGGAUUUUAUGGAUAUUAAGGCUCACAUCUUCUUUUCUCCAAUAAACUGGACUGACUUAAAUGCCAAGAAAUUGACGCCCCCAUUUAACCCAAAUGUGAGUGGACCUUCUGACCUGCAGCACUUUGACCCGGAGUUCACUGAGGAGCCAGUUCCGAACUCGAUUGGCCGGUCUCCUGAUGCAGCUCUGAUAACUGCCAGUGUGAAGGAAGCAUCUGAAGCUUUUCUUGGAUUUUCCUAUGCUCCACCCAUGGACUCCUUCCUGUAGUGACUUGUCUGAUGGUCGUUUACCUUAGCUGAGAUCUUGUUUGGAUUUACCAAGAAAUGAGACUUAACUGGAAGGAAAACUACACAUCUCAUUGGCAGCUGCCUGGCCUUCACUUCCAUUUUGGAGAUGGUGCUGAAGUCUUCAAGGAAUACUUGCUACUCAGUGUGUCUGGGAGAAAGUUGUGGCAGUACUGUGUUGCUGCACACCGGAAGCGAGUUCAUCAAUCAAAGGGGCGGAAUAAGAACUUGCUGUCAUCCCAUUAUUUCAAGAAUUUUUAUUUCAACAUGACUUGAAUAAGGAUGAUGGUUGUCUGAAGACUGUUGCUUCAGCUAUAUGUGCCUUUUGCAAUAAGCAAGGUUGUAGGCAUUGGAGUGUCAAGUUCAACUGCUGUGCCGCAACAAAUGGAGAGGUGAACACUGGUGAAAGUAUGGUUUUGUAACAGCCAUUGAACCUAAUACUUGUUCUUUGGUUUAAACUUUGGCUUCAGUAAUUCUGAUUGACACAGCAAGGACGAGGAAGAUGAGAUGAACUGUAGAUAGUAUCCCUCUAAUUUAAUUUCCCUCCCCUUCCACAAUACACACGAACAAAAAACACAUACACAAGCACACAGGGACAUGCAUGAACAUACACAUAUGCUCACACGCCAACCUGAACACAGAUAUGCGUGUGAGUACACAGGCACAUACAUGCGUACAAAUGCAAACAUGCACACAUGCAAAAUCUGAAAUGGUUCACUACAAUAAGCUUGAAUCAUUGCUGCUAUAGAUAGAAUUGUAAAUUUUGUUUCGAGGACCAAAAUGCCCUAAAUAUGGAGUCUUGUCUUAUAAUUUCCAACUAGCUUAUAUGUGUGAGAAAUCCCAGAUGUGCAUAAAUUAAUUGUUUGUCUCCAUUGCAUUCCAGAUUUUAAUGGUUGUCUCAUUUCAGCUGUGCAUAUGUAAAGAAAUCUGUAUGAUGUGAUCUGUUGCUGCACUAGUUUUAAUGUGUAUAUUUAAGAUAUUAUCAAUAAUGUAAAUGGGUUUACUGUAUAAUAGACUAUAAUUUUAAUUUGUUUUGAAAUGUACACAUUCCUGAACUAAGGAUGGGUUUGCAAUAAAUGUAAAACUAUUUAAAAA